AUGCUUCGGAGCACGCGACCUCUGUUGGCAGGCUCCACGAGAGCUGUUGCCCGACAGAGGAUAACGACGACUCCAUCACGCCAAGCGCAACGCCAUGCUGCAUACUUCACCUCGCCGCCCAGCCCCAGGAUAGCCGCUUCUCUUCCCAUUGCGUCGCGCAUUCUCCCCCUCACACACAAAACAGCCUAUGCUACCAAGCCUCCGGGCCAGAUGCAGUCGGGCCGCGACCCUGAAGAGGAGAAGAAAUGGGCCGAGCAAAAGCUCAAGCCGCACCCGGAGUCUGUCUCGUCCGAGUCCAGCGUACGCCACCUGUUGGAGACUGGCAAGGAGAAGCCUCGGUCUGAAGCUACACCCGUCGCCGAGGGCAUAAAACACGACUUGGGUCUCGUGAAAGAAACGUUUGCUCUCAACACCGUCCCCAAGGAGUCUUAUGUCCUGGGCCUCGCCGGAACGAUCCCGUACCUUGCGACAUCAGCCAGCACCCUGUACCUGUCGUGGGCUUUGAACACAGACUGGCCGACCUCGUCGAGCUUCCUCAACGGCAUACUCAUGGACCACGACUCUGCGCGAUACUGGCUAGGCGUUAUUGAGCCUAUCCAGCUGGGCUACGGAGCGGUCAUCAUCAGCUUCCUUGGCGCCAUCCACUGGGGCUUGGAGUAUGCCGAGAAGACGCCCAGCUACGACCGCACCCGCUUCCGCUACGGCCUCGGCCUGCUCGCGUCCGUCGUUGCUUGGCCCACCCUUUUCAUCCCCUGGCAGUUCGGUCUGACCUCGCAGUUUGCCGCCUUUGUGGGCUUGUAUUUUGCGGACUCGCGCGCCGCCGUCAGGGGUUGGGUGCCGUCGUGGUAUGCCUCUUACCGGUUCGUCCUGACCGCCAUCGUCGGCCUCGCCAUCAUGCUUAGUCUUAUCGGCCGCAUGAAGAUCGGACCAGACGCGCCCCGCCUGACCGGCCUCAGCGAGAAGUUCCACGCAACCAAUGGCGAGGAGGAGUACAGUGACAAAUGGGCAAAAGCUGAGGAGGAAGAGAAGGUGAAGAGAAAGAAGGCAAAACAGGAGGAGGAGAAGAGAAAGGCCAAGGAGGAGGCAGAGCAGAAAAAGAAGGAAGAGGCCGAGAAGAAAAAGAAGAAGACGGGCGGUAAGGAUGACAAGGUCGCUAAGGAAGGUGAGGGUGAUAAUGCUGGCGAAGGUAAGGACGAGGGAAAGGAGGAGAAGAGUGAUGGCAAGGAUGGAAGCUCCAAUGAGGACGAGGCCGACGACAAGAAGAAGGAUGAGGCCGAUGGCAAGAAGAAAGACGCGGCCGGUGACGACAAGAAGGAUGGUGGUGGAGAUGAGAAAUGA